GAGACGGGAGGAGAGAGCAGCCCGCCCGGGGAUGUGACACGCUUACAAAUACACAGCAGCAGGAAGCCAUGGUCCGGCUCCGGUGCAUCUGAAGUCAGUCUCACAGCCGCAUACCAGAGUGUGAUCCGAGCUGCAGCAGCAACAUGGUGGAGCAGUCGGACCGAGCCCCGCUGCUGGACUGGGAGGAGAUGCCUCCACCUGACCCCGGCCAGGCGGCCCAGACCCCGCCUCAGCCACCCCGGGAACCGGGCUCCGCGGCGGGGAAGAGUUCAGCCCGGGCGCACACCCCGAUCCCCACCACCACCAUCAUCCCCGCCACCACCAUCACCAUCCCCGCCACCACCCCCGCCGUGGUCACCUGUAGCCCGGCCAGGACUGUUGCCGCCGCCCCUGCGCGGACAGAGCCGUCCGGCCGCGGCUGCGAUGAUCGCCCCCACCCCGUCCCCGUCCCCUUCCCCGGCCUCACGGCCAGGCACCAGUGGGAAGAGAAGGACCAGAUCGUCGCCGUGUUUGUGGUUACUUUUGACACAAGAUCGGGUAAUAUGAUUGAAUGGUGCUUGCCUCAUGACAUGAACCUUGAUGGAGUUGAAUUCAAGUCGAUGGCCAGCGGUUCCCAUCGAAUAACCAAUGAUUUUAUAUAUUUUCGUAAAGGCGGUUACUUCGGGCUGGCCUGUUUUGCAAACAUGCCUGUAGAGAGUGAGCUGGAGCGGGGAGCACGGAUGAAGUCUGUGGGAAUCCUGUCUCCCUCGUACACCCUGCUUUAUCGUUACAUGCACUUCCUGGAGAACCAAGUCAGACACCAGCUGCAGUGUCCAGGCCAAUAUUCCCCACUAGAGGCCUUCUACGAGGAUAAGAAAGCUGUUCUUCCCCCUUCAGGAAACGGCCUGGUCACAGCUUGCCCAACCUGGAGCGUUACUUCUAUAAACCGCUGCAUGCAUCCCGAAAUGAAGAUCACCCACCCGGCUGGCUGCAUGUCCCAGUUCAUCCAGUUUUUCGGGGAGCAGAUAAUGGUGCUGUGGAAGUUUGCGCUGCUUCGUAAGCGUCUCCUCAUCUUCUCCCCUCCACCUGUAGGUGUGGUGUGCUAUAGAGUGUAUUGCUGUUGUUGCCUGGCCAACGUUUCCAUACCUGGAAUUGGGGUUUCUGUGCCAGAACUCCGGCCUUUCUUCUACAUUAACAUAGCUGACAUCAGCGCCCUGGAAACGGAGGUGUCAUAUGUGGCUUGCACUACAGAGAAGAUUUUUGAAGACAAGAAGGAGCUGUAUGACGUCUACAUUGAUAACCAGAAUGUGAAGACUCACAGAGGCCACCUGCAACCGCUGCUCAGACUUAACGCAGCAGAUAAGGAGAAGUACAGUAAACUGAGUGAACAGAGGCAAAUGCUGCUGUACUCUCAGGAGGUGGGGGAAGACUGCACAUCAAACGAAGAGGAUCUUUUCAUCCUGUUCUUCAUGGAGCUGAAUAACCGCAUCUUCCAGACUCUGUCGGAGGUGGCUGGGAGCUCUGAUCCCACCCUCACCGUGGAUCACAUGAGGGCCAUGGGGCUGGAUCCCCAGGGCGACCGCUCCUUCCUCAUCGACCUGCUGGAGGUGUACGGCCUCAAUGUCACACUUGUCGUAGACAACCUGUGCUGCCCCUGAGUCCCCUCAGCUCCGGGAGACUUCAAUGGGCCCCAGGGUUAUUAGUGCCUACGAGGCCCACACCCACCGAGACACACUGAAGACACUGCCUCCAUCAUGGAACUUUUUGUUCUCUAUCCCUUCCUCCCGGGUGUCUCUUUCCACUUUGUGUGUCUCCUCUGAUUUGUGGAGACACUCCACUGUGGGGGAUAAGCACACCUAACAUCCCGCACUGGAUCACAGAAGUGGAUAAACACUUUGCGAGCAGACAGAACCACAGAGCAGCUGUGAACUCUUAUAGCUAUUCACAUCUAACGCCACCCCUAGAAUACUGUUCUGACAGUAAUGAUUCUCUUCUCUUGUGUCUGCGCUUGUUGGACUGAUUCUGGCUGAUGUGGUCAGGACUGCAGCGCCGAGUGAAGAAACAAAACAAACAUCUUCACAGCUGGACUAUUGGUUGUUGUCACAACACAGAAGUCAAUGACACUUUCACGGUUCUGCAGUUUCAAUGUCCACUUCCACGUUGUCUGAAGCAUGGUUUAAUCCGGACCGGUUCUACGCUGGAGACGGAUCCACUUCCAGUUAAGGAAUUGGGACGCAAGAAAAAUCCAACUCAAAUCUUCUGCUGUAACCCCACAAUGUGUAUGUCUUUCCUCUUCUGGUAAAUCUACUACUGUAAAUGGUAAAAUGAAAGCUUUUUGAUCACUUUAUUUGCCUUUCAAAAAGGAAGCAAUAGGAGUCGGUGUGUUGAAAUCUUUUCCAUGUAAAAUGCAUUCAGCCUCACUGAAUUAUCUUUUAUUAUCUUUUUUUUUACUGCUUUUUUUCCUAACUAAAAGUGAAACGCAAGAUACAACAGAAUAAUGUUGCUACAUACACUAUAUAUAUAUAUAUAUAUAUAUAUAUAUAUAUAUAUAUAUAUAUAUAAUUACACGUACACAUGGGGAAUGAAUAUGAAGGUCAUGAGAAAGAAAAGGUUGUAAAUACUUUAAUCUUCAUGCACUUUCCGCACAAGUUAGAUGUGAUUUUUGUUUCCCUGUGUUUGUUAUAGUGUGGGUAUGUUCUGGAAACAUAUUUCUUUGUUACGUGUUGUAGCUUUCCGUUUGUCAUUGUUGGUGAAGGACUAUUUAAUGAACUCUGUAACACGUAAAUGCUGCACCGUGUCCACCACUGGACUCUUUUCUGACGCACACAGUCAUGCUUAACUGUAACUUUUUGUGUUUGAUUUACUGAGCAGAAACUCCUUCUCUGUGGGUGGAUUCACUACUAGACGGAGCUCCAGCUAUACCAGCUGAGGGUUUCCCUCAGGCCUUUCGUCGCAGCCCCACUGGGCAAGAACACAUUUUAUUUCAUCAAUCACAUUGUCAAUCACAGUGAUAAUUUGUUCCAUGUUGGAACAUGAGGCUUUCUUUUUUGCCUUUACUAAGUUGAAAGGAUUGUAUCUUAACCCCACCCCCCCCUUUAUGCAAGCUAAAAGUAUUUUUUAAACAUGCAUUUUAAAAUCACUAGUUGACAUUUAGUUCUAUAUUUGGUUCGUUAUUCCAAAAAUAAUGGGUUUGGGGUUAAUCCCCAGGCUGAGAACUGCUGAUUCGGGGACGGGUUUUACAAUUUGAUCUGUUCUUGAGCUUGACCUGAAGAUUUUUUCAGGGUUAAAAGGAAAAAAUAAACAAAGUAACGAAGUGCACUAAGGAUAGUAUGUGAAAUACAAGGAUUUAUAAGCUUUAGAUUUCAAAUGGAGCCUUAAAAAAUACAUUCUCAAACUCAGAGCAGAGAGCCUUGUCUCAUUUCUGUUUGUACCACAUUCUUUGCUGAAAGAUCGCGUAUGUCGUCCUUCACAUUUCUGAAAGAUCUUCAAGUGUGUGUGGACUCUGCCUACUCUGUUAUGUUGUCCAGAUAUGGACCUUUCCUCUGACGGUGUUUGCUUUACAGGUGUAUAUUAAAUGUUAAACAGAAUGUACACCAAUACACGCCACUGUAUAAAUUGCCUUCUUUGUGGAAACGUUCACAGAUGUGUACCAGCAACAGCUAAGCAAAUUGUUUGUACAGCGUGUCACUCUAAUGAAUGUCAGAGACAGCAAAAGUAUUGCACUCACGCCGCAACACAUCCAUGUAAUGUAACUGUUUUCUUCCUGAUUGUAUUGUAAAUCAAGGACAUUCAUAGAAUAGCAGAUAAGUCUUCACCUCUACUAAUGUGAAACACUGUAAGAGAUGUCAGUUAUGUACACACAAGUCAAUAGCAUGAGCAGGUGUCCCUUUCACUGUACUGCCAUCGUAAAACAAUAAAAUGUUGAUACGGUAUAA